AGCCAGCAGUGGCCAACAGCUAGAUCGGUGUAGCGGGCGAAAGGAUUAACCUCUCAGGAAUUGUGCAAGGCCUGCAGCGCGCAGUGUGUGCAGGAUGGAGGGGGUGGACGACGAAGAGAACGCUAACCUUCUCCAAUUCGGCCCGGAGCAUGCCAAAGACGACAUGUCGUGCUUGUCGAACGCGGAGGUGUCGGUGGUGCUCGAAAAGCAGAGGAUCAACUACGAAGAGAAGGACAUCAACGUCACACCGGCGUUCUCCAAGACCAUGUCCUAUGUGAAGCGCUUCGGGGGGCUGGGGGGCUCCGUCAAGAUGACCGCCACGUCGGAGUUGCGAGAGGCCCUCCAGCAGUUCGAGACGUUCCACGAAGGCGAGUCUAUCAGGUUGCAUCAGUUCGAGAUCAUGCAGGUGGCCAACCUUAUGCAGGCGGACAGCGAGGUGGAAGAGGUGCUAGCGCUUAUCCCCAGCCUGGGCGCUAGGCUAACAGAGGAAGACCUCGAAAAUAUCCUCGCCAUCGUCAGAAAGCACCAGCACUCGCGCUUGUAUUCUUAA